AUGCCUCUCUUCGGCUCCGGUGAGAACACAAACGCUGCAGUCGCCGAGCGACAGCCCUCCACAACACCUCCGCAUAGCCGGAGUAGCUUCUUCGCUCGCCGCUCACAUUCUGCCGAACGCGCGGAAGCCGCACGCGACACCAGACGCUCCCCGACGUCGCCCUCUACGCACAGUAGUGGGCUAUUCGGACGUCGUCGUUCCGUCGACCGCGAUUCGUCCGACAUCGGACGAUCUCCUACCACGACGAGCUCCAGCUCCUUUGGAGGCUUGUUUGGCCUGCGGCACUCAUCUUCAGACGACUCUAUCCUCGGACGCGACCCGAGCAUCAUGAGUGCGAAGAAGAAGGUCCAGGAUGCCGAAGCAGCAGAGGCAGAGGCAGACCGGGCCUUGCAUGCUGCAAGGAUGGCAGUCAGAGAGGCAAGGAACCAUGUGAAAAUCCUGGAGGCAGAGGCGAAGGACGAUGCUCGCCGCGCAAAGGCGAAGCAGGAACAGGCAAAGAGUAUCAGUAAAGGAGCGAAGGGAUUAGGAAGGCAUGGAGAUGCGUGA